AGCUAGUGCAUAUCAGGUACACUAGACGAGAAGUACGAGUACGGAAAGGGUCGUGGCACAAAGUGUCAUCUUAUUUUCACGGUAUUCCACAUUCUGAAGGAGACAAGAUGUCAAAUCCAUUUGAUGACUUAACCUCGCCUACGGAAUACCCUUACGGGGACUACUAUGAAGAUAAUAGCAAUGACACAACUGACUUCGAAUUUUGUGACAGAAGCCUGGCCCGGGAAUUCCGCAGCCGGUAUGAGCCCCCAUUAUACUGGGCCAUCUUCUGUAUCGGGACGCUGGGAAACCUGAUGGUGAUUUGGAUCUACCUGCAUGUCCGCAACCGCUUCAAGACCAUGACAGACAUGUACCUGUUCAACCUGGCCUUAGCCGACCUCCUUUUCCUUGGUACACUGCCUUUCUGGGCCUCUGAAGCCAGCAGCGGCUGGACCUUCAGUGUGGGCAUGUGCAAAACCGUGUACGCCCUCUACAAGAUCAACUUCUUCAGCUGCAUGCUGCUGCUGACCUGCGUCAGUGUAGAUCGCUAUAUCGCCAUCGUGCAGACCACAAAGGCACAGAACCUUAAGGGAAAGCGGCUUUUCUAUAGCAAGCUGGUCUGUGUGGCGGUCUGGUUGCUGUCUGGCCUAUUAGCUCUCCCAGAGUUUAUAUUUGCCCAAGUGAAGACCAAUCACAGCAAACCAAGCUUAUGUUCCCUGGUCUAUUGGGCCAACCAGAACAACCACACAAAGAUCCUGGUCCUCUCACUGCAGAUCUGCAUGGGCUUCUGCCUGCCCUUCCUGGUCAUGUUGUUCUGCUACUCUGUUAUCAUGCUCACCCUGCUACAGGCCAGAAACUUUGAAAGGCACAAGGCACUGCGGGUGAUCUUUGCCGUGGUGGUUGUGUUUGUCCUCUCUCAGCUUCCGUAUAACAGCUUGCUGGUUGUGGAAGCAACUCAGGCGGCCAACCUCACCAUCACCGACUGCACGGUGGACCGCAACUUCAACAUUGCCAGCCAGGUGAUGAAGAGCCUUGCCUACACCCACAGCUGCCUCAACCCCAUCCUUUACGUCUUCGUUGGGGUACGUUUCCGCCACGACUUGCUCAAGGUACUGAAAACCUGCACCUGCGGCAUGGGCCAGAGCAAGAUCAGAAAGGUGUCCCCCAGCGUUCCCAAACGCCCCUCCAUAAUGUCAGACACAGAGACUACAGUUGCACUCUAAUUAUAAUCACACCCUCAGUCCUGUUGUGCUGGUAUUGUGCUCAAUGACACCAAGGCCUGUUUGUUCUUUGUCAAUACAGAUUCCUACAGGCACACCCAUUGUAGCAAAGAAUUAUCUUCCAAGACCACAUCACGAAUGCCUGAUAACUGUAGCUAAUGUUGAUAUUUGCUGAUAAUGCCAAGGAGCAAUAAGAAUAUACAGACAUUAUUUGUGCAUAGCCACCAAAUCUGUGCAUAUAAUGUUGAUGUGAGUCCUCAAGUGAGUCAAUGAGAUGCCUCUGGAACAGCAAGCCUAUCUUAUUUGAUGGAGAUUUUUGGGUAGUGAUUUAAAAGGGCAAAUUUUUAUCUCAUGAUUUCGACUCUACUCUCAGAAGAAAGGGUUCCAAAAGGCUCUUCCGCAUCUCCCAAGAGGAACCCAAUCUCGUUCAACAGAUCUCUGUUGGGCAAAACGGUUCAACCUGGGAGCUUUCAUACUUUUUACACCUCCAUAAAAAGCUAAAAAGAGCCUUUUUUCUGAGGUGGGUAUAGAUUGAAAAUCCAUUCUGAUUUUUUGUUUUUACUGUGUUUACUGAAGCUGAAUAUUGUCUUAAAUGGUUUCAGGAAAUUACAGACUGGGAGUUUGUAUGUAGUCGUAUGUGAUAAUUUAUCUGGCAUAAUGUUCUGUAUUUUCAUUUUUGUGUACACAAUAUAGCAUUGGAAAUUUCAGGUAUGUCUUUUU